AAACACUCAGUUUGGUUUUGUCCGUCGUUGCGCGAUGUGUGUUUUUGUGUUGAAUGGGAAUACUAACGGUCGGGCCAAAAAAUACACUUUAAUAUAAAUUAUCGCGCCGAAAUUCAAUAUUCAUUUAACGGAUAUUGUAGGAAAAAUAAUUGAAUCAAAGAUACACAAUAAAGCUCAAACGAAAGAAAGAUAAACAAAAGAAAAAUAUUCAAAGUGACAAAUGUGUCGCAUCUUCAAAGAAUACACUUAGCAAUUAUUCCAAAGAAAAUGAAUCAACAGGUGGCAUUUUGUUGUAGUAGUCUUUGUUUCUAAUUUUGUGCCCCGCCAGGCGGUGUCAUAAUAAAAAGAAUGUUAUUUAGUGGAGAAUCACAAAUGAAUUUUUUGUUUCAAUGAGAGAUGGGGAAAAAUUUAAUAAAAGGAAUCCAAGAAGUGUAAUUUUCUUGAAUUCAGUUGUCUUUUUUGGAAAUAAAAAUGUUUCAUUAGAUUCAAGUGAAAUAUCGAUUUUAAUUAAAAGAAAAAGUUUUAUUUAUCGAUGAGAUAAAAAAAAAAUGUAAACGAACAAAAAAAUAAGUUCGUUCCCUUUUACAAGAAGAGUUUGAGAGUUUUAUUAAAGUGUUCCAUUCCGUUUGUCUAUAAUACCGCUUUGGUGCAGGUGUGUUAAAUGUUGAUCGGUUUUCUCAUACACAAAUACCUACAAAUUCAUUGUUUUUCCUAUUCACACGGUAAAGGUGUGACCCAGCUGGUUUUUGAAGUGUGAGUGAGUUCAGCCAUUUGUUUGAUCACUCUUCCAUAUUCCAAUCCAAGUGUGUAUUUUAUUAUUGCAUGCGGUCGCCGUAAAACGGGGUAAAAACGUGUUUAUUGUUAAGUUUUGUCAAUGCUAGAGUGAGAUAACAACAUAUACAAAAUUAUUUAUUAUUUCAUUUCUUGUUCUUGUGCUGGUAAAAUGCUACGUCACUAAAAGAAAACAAAAUAAUUAAAUAAUUCUUCAAAAUGUUUUUAAUGUUAAAUUAAAUGUUUAUAUGAUAAUAAAUUUAAUUGAAGAAAAUUUUGUAAAUUUUGUUGUGUUUUGUUUAAAUAAUUCCGUUAAAAUACACAAUAUUCACACAAGCAACAAUGGAAGAACGAGAAAGGCGGCAUUCUUUCAGUUUUCAAAGUAAAAGGAUAACAAAGGCGCAUUUGUGGAUUACCUGUUUUCUGAUCGUGCUCGUUGGAAUUUAUCCAUGUAGUUGUACAGAUGGUCCACAAAUACAAGCGCCGAGAUUUACAACACAGCCAUCAUCUUCUGGCUCGAUUGUGAGCGAAGGAAGAACGAAAAUUCUGCAAUGCCAUGCGUUAGGAUAUCCACAGCCAAUGUAUCGUUGGUUAAAGGACGGUCUACCAGUUGGAGACUAUUCAUCGAGUCAAUACUAUCGAAUACACAAUACCAGACGAGAGGAUGCAGGAAGCUAUCAAUGCAUUGCCAAGAACGAUGCUGGAUCCAUAUUUAGUGAAAAAAUUGAUGUCGUUGUUGCAUACAUGGGCAUCUUUGAGGAUCAACAAGAGGGACGUCUUGGAGUGCACUCUGGCCAUCCGGCUGUUUUUGAUCUGCCACCAAUUGAAUCAGUGCCAACGCCGUCUGUAAUGUGGCAAACCGAAGAAGGACCACUUAAUUACGACAUCAAAUAUGCCUUCACCAAGCCCAACCAACUAAUAAUCCUCAGUUCAGACGAAAGCGAUCGCAAGGCGUACCGAGCCCGCGCCAUCAACACCCAACUGGGCAAAGAAGAGAACAGUGCCUUCAUUCAUUUGAAUGUCAGUGGCGAUCCAUACACUGAAGUUGCUCCCGAAAUAAUCAUCCAUCCGGAGGAUAUGAAAUUGAAGCGAGGCGAACAAGUGGCUGAGUUACAGUGCAUAGCUAAUGCGAGGCCAUUGCACGAGAUCGAAACAUUGUGGUUGAAGGAUGGCAUUUUGAUCGAGAACUCUGGAGUGCCACAUACUUUAAAUGAUCCAUGGAAUAGAACUUUAGCUUUGCUUUCGGCUAAUCUGACGCAUUCGGGAGAGUAUACUUGCCAAGUUCGACUGCGAUCUGGUGGAUUUCCGACCGUGACAUCGACUGCUAAAGUUGAAGUUCAAGAACCACCGACAUUUUUUACUCCAAUGCGAUCGGAGACUUAUGGGGAAUAUGGAGCUGUUGUAACGUUGCCGUGCGAUGUUGUUGGUGAUCCUUCGCCAGCUGUUGUUUGGUAUCGGAAUGCUGAACCUAUCGAUACUGCUGAUGUUAGAUACACACUGAAGGAAGAUAAUUCAUUGGUAAUCAAAAAAUUGACAAUUGAUGAUUCAUCCAUGUUUCAAUGUUUGGCAUCGAAUGAAGCUGGCGAAAAAUCCUCAUACACUUGGUUGCGAGUUAAAAAAGCUCGUUCAUCUGAUAAGGAUGCUCUUGUCGUUGGUGAUAAUGCUAUACAUAUGAAUACUCUAAAUGCUUAUGCUGAAACUAACACAAAUCAAAAAAAUAAUAAUAUACUUAUGAAAAAAAAUGUGACUCCUACUAACUAUUAUAAAGAAUUUUUGAAACGCGUAAAACGCUUAGCUCAACCGCGUAUAAUUCGUGUUAGAGCAUCGCAUUCUGGACAAACUGGUAGACGCAAGGAUUUUCGCUUUGCCUCGACUCCGAUUAUGGAACAACCACCACUAAAUGUGACCGCAUUGGAUGGCAAGGAUGCAACUAUUUCGUGCCGGGCUGUUGGUGCUCCAAAUCCAAAUAUCACAUGGGUGUACAACGAAACACAACUAGUGGAAGUGUCGAGUCGGGUGCAGAUCCUGGAGUCUGGGGACUUGCUGAUAUCAAAUAUCCGCGAAUCGGAUGCUGGAUUGUAUACGUGUGUCCGUUCGAAUGAAGCUGGAACUGUUAACGGUGAAGCGUAUUUAGGAGUUUUGGUUCGGACCCAAAUAAUCCAACCUCCCGUGGACACCACUGUACUGCUCGGUCUAACAGCAUCUCUGCAAUGCAAGGUCUCAAGUGAUCCAACAGUUCCAUUCAACAUAGACUGGUAUCGCGAAGGACAUCCCACUCCAAUUAUAAACUCGCAAAGAAUUGGUGUACAGUCAGAUGGAACACUGGAACUUCAAGCAGUUCGUGCUUCAGAUGUUGGAACUUAUUCUUGUGUUGUAACCUCACCCGGUGGCAAUGAAACAAGAUCGGCCAGAUUGAGUGUUAUUGAAUUACCAUUCCCACCGACAAAUGUCAAAGUAACAAGGUUAGAUUCACCAAGCCAACGAGCUAUAAAUGUAUCAUGGACACCUGGAUUCGAUGGAAAUAGUCCAGUUUUGAAAUUUAUUGUUCAAAAACGUGAAGUUUCCGAACUCGAACAAUUCGUAGGUCCAGUUCCAGAUCCAUUGUUAAAUUGGAUAACAGAGCUGAGUAAUGUAUCAGCUAGUCAGCGAUGGAUUCUAUUGACAAAUUUAAAAGCUGCAACCGUAUAUCAAUUCCGUGUGAGUGCUGUUAAUCGAGUUGGAGAAGGUUCUCCAUCAGAAGCUAGUAAUGUGAUAGAGCUGCCACAAGAAGCACCUUCGGGACCUCCUGUUGGAUUUGUUGGAUCAGCUCGAUCCAUGUCAGAAAUAAUCACCCAAUGGCAACCACCAUUGGAAGAGCAUCGAAAUGGCCAAAUUCUAGGCUACAUCAUUCGUUAUCGACUUUUUGGAUACAACAAUAGUCCUUGGACCUAUCAAAACAUCACAAACGAAGCUCAGAGAAACUAUUUGAUUCAAGAAUUGAUAACUUGGAAAGACUAUGUUGUCCAAAUAGCAGCCUACAAUAACAUGGGCGUAGGAGUGUAUACUGAAGGAGCAAAAAUCAAGACCAAAGAGGGAGUACCAGAAGCUCCACCGACUAAUACGAAAGCUUCACCAAUCAAUUCCACAGCUAUUAAAGUUUCGUGGAAGCCACCGAAUCCACAACAAAUCAAUGGAAUCAAUCAAGGUUAUAAAAUUCAAGCUUGGCAAUAUGAAAUAAUCGAUGGCGAGGAACAUGAAACGGAAGCAAAAAUGAUGACAGUUCCGCCUAGUUUACUAGACCCCUUGGCCGAACAGACGGCCAUAAUGGGAGGUCUUGAGAAAUUCAGUUCCUAUAAUGUGACUGUUUUGUGUUUCACUGAUCCCGGUGAUGGUAUCCGAAGUGGAAUGGUACCCGUCAAGACUUUGGAAGAUGUUCCAGAUGAGGUUGCGUCUUUGCAUUUCGAUGAAAUAUCCGAUCGGGCUGUUAAAGUUAUGUGGGCGCCACCAAAAAAUGUUAAUGGCAUUCUGACAGGCUACACUGUUCGUUAUCAGGUCAAAGACCGUUCGGAGACUUUGAAAUCUAUCAAUCUUACUGCCACUGAGACAAGCUUGAGAGUAACACAGCUCCAAGCAACUACACAUUACUGGUUUGAGAUUAAAGCUUGGACCCAAGUUGGUGCUGGGCCCACAAAGACUGCCACAAUUCAAUCGGGAGUCGAACCAGUACUUCCACAUGCACCGACUCAGUUGGCUUUAUCGAAUAUCGAAGCGUUUUCAGUGGUUCUUCAGUUUACUCCAGGUUUUGACGGAAACUCGUCAAUCACCAAGUGGAAAGUUGAAGCACAAACAGCAAGAAAUAAUACCUGGUUCACUGUUUAUGAAGUUUCUGAUCCAGAUGCUUCCACUUUAACAGUAACUGGACUUACGCCUUUUACACAGUACAAAUUAAGACUGAUAGCUACGAAUGUUGUGGGAGCAUCAGAACCAUCUGAGCCAACAAAAGAUUUCCAAACGAUACAAGCCAGGCCUAUGCAUCCACCAUUUAAUGUAACGGUUCGAGCUAUGAGCGCAACGGAACUGCGAGUUCGAUGGAUUCCCUUGCAACAGACCGAAUGGUUUGGAAAUCCCAGAGGGUAUAAUAUAACUUAUCGUCAGGUUGAUGGUACUGGGACGGGAAAAUCAAUGGCCCUGAGUGUCUUAAUUGAAGAUCAUACUGCCAACUCACAUGUCUUGGAUACCCUUGAAGAGUGGACAGUCUAUGAGAUUGUUAUGAAUGCAUGUAAUGAUGUAGGAGCUUCGAGGGACAGUAUCAAGGCUGUCGAACGUACUCGCGAAGCAGUGCCUUCCUUCGGUCCCUUGGAGGUGCAAGCCAAUGCGACUUCAUCAACAACAAUAGUCGUUCGAUGGGGUGAAGUACCAAAAGAGCACAGAAAUGGCCAAAUCGAAGGCUACAAAGUAUACUAUGCUGCCACGAACCGCGGUGGUCAAGUUCUGCACAAGACAAUCUCCAACAACUCAUCGUUUACUACAACCCUCACUGAACUCAAAAAGUACGUCGUUUAUCACAUUCAAGUUCUGGCAUUCACAAGACUUGGCGAUGGUGCUCUCAGUACUCCUCCGAUUCGUGUGCAGACUUUUGAAGAUACACCUGGUGCUCCGUCAAAUGUAUCAUUUCCCGAUGUGUCAUUCUCAACGGCUAGAAUUAUCUGGGAUGUACCUGAAGAUCCAAAUGGGGAGAUUCUAGCAUACCAAGUCACAUACUCACUAAAUGGCAGUGUGAAUCUUAACUAUAGUCGUGAAUUUCCUCCAUCCGAUCGUACUUUCCGGGCAACUCAAUUGCUAGCUGAACGAUAUUAUAUAUUUAGUGUAACAGCCCAAACCCGUUUGGGAUGGGGCAAGACUGCUUCGGUUCUGGUGUACACAACAAAUAAUCGUGAGCGUCCACAAGCCCCAUCUUCGCCUCAGAUAUCUCGCAGUCAGAUUCAAGCUCAUCAGAUCACAUUUAGUUGGACUCCUGGCCGUGAUGGAUUCGCCCCAUUACGAUACUAUACUGUACAAAUGCGAGAGAAUGAAGGACCAUGGACGUCACUGCCGGAACGAGUCGAUCCGAGUGUGGCAUCUUACACUGCCACUUUUUUGAAACCUCACACGAUAUAUCAAUUUAGAAUUCAAGCCACUAAUGACCUUGGUCCUUCGACAUUUAGUCGAGAAAGUAUAACGGUACGCACACUUCCUGCAGCUCCAGCGAAAGGCGUGAGUAGACUUAAAGUCGUACCCAUUACUACGACAAGUGUUCGUGUUCAAUGGAAUGCUCUGGAGACAUCGCUCUGGAAUGGUGAUUCUGCUACCGGUGGCUAUCGGAUAUUGUUCCAACAACUUUCAGACUUUCCCGCUGCAUUACAAGCCACUCCCAAACAAGACGUUAUGGGAAUAAAUCAAGCAUCUAUUGUUCUUAGUGAUCUGCAGCAAGAUCGGAACUAUGAAAUUGUGGUGUUGCCUUUUAAUUCUCAAGGAGUUGGUCCAGCAUCGCCUCCCGUUGCUGUUUAUGUGGGUGAAGCAGUACCAACUGGUGAACCAAGAGCUGUUGAUGCAGCUCCACUUUCUAGUACCGAAGUUAGACUUCGUUGGAAACCACCAAAGCAAAGCAUGCAAAAUGGUGACCUUUUGGGUUAUAAAAUCUUCUAUUUGGUGACGAGCUCACCACAAGAAUUAGAAGAAGGCCGCAAAUAUGAAGAGGAAAUUGAAGUGGUUGCAGCAUCUGCAACUUCUCAUAGUCUAGUAUUUCUCGAUAAGUUUACAGAGUACAGAAUACAGAUUCUAGCUUUCAAUCCAGCCGGUGAUGGCCCGCGAUCGACUCCAAUAACAGUAAAGACUUUACAGGGACUUCCGGGGCCGCCAGUUUCACUACGAUUUGAAGACAUCACCAUGCAAAGUUUGAAAGUUUCAUGGGAUUCUCCAAAAAUGCGCAAUGGGGAAAUUCUUGGUUAUCUUGUGACAUACGAAACCACCGAAGAGAAUGAGAAAUUUAGCAAACAAGUGAAACAAAAAGUUACCGGAAAUAGUUUGCAUGUUCAAAAUCUAGAAGAAGAAGUCACAUACACGUUUACAGUGCGAGCCCAAACUAUUGACUAUGGUCCGGCAGUAAGCGAAAAUGUAACAACUGGACCUCAAGACGGAUCUCCAGUUGCCCCGAGAGAUUUAAUUCUCUCGAAGACUUUGGCCAAUGUUGAAAUGCAUUGGCUUAAUGGACCGUCAGGACGUGGACCUGUUCUUGGUUAUUAUAUAGAAUGCAAGAAAAGGGAGAGAGGUGAACCAGCAUAUAUCUAUGACUCACGAUGGGAAACAAUAGCUCGCUCAACAACAGGUCCAAUGCAAGAUUUCACUGUCAGCUAUCAAAGUCUACUUCCUUCGACAGCUUAUACAUUCCGUGUUAUUGCCUACAAUCGCUAUGGCAUAUCCUUUCCAGUUUAUUCAAAGGACUCAAUAUUAACCCCAUCCAAAUUGCACUUAGAAUAUGGCUAUCUUCAGCACAAGCCAUUUUAUCGACAAACUUGGUUCAUGGUUGCACUGGCAGCAACUUCAAUCAUCAUCAUCAUAAUGGUCAUAGCUGUGUUGUGUGUUAAAAGCAAAAGUUACAAAUACAAACAAGAAGCACAAAAAACACUCGAAGAAUCAAUGGCUAUGUCUAUCGAUGAACGACAAGAGCUGGCACUUGAGCUCUAUCGUUCGAGACAUGGAGUUGGUACUGGCACAUUAAACAGUGCUGGCACUUUGGGUCGUGGAACUUUGGGAACGUUAGGUAGAAAAUCAAAUCACCGUCCGCCGCCAGCAUCGACAUUGGGCAAAAGCCCUCCCCGACCAUCGCCAGCCUCAGUGGCAUAUCACAGCGAUGAAGAGAGCUUAAAGUGUUACGAUGAAAACCCCGACGACAGCAGUGUUACGGAGAAACCAUCGGAAGUCAGCUCGUCAGAUUCACAGCAUUCUGAAAGUGAAAACGAGAGCGUACGGUCUGAUCCUCACUCAUUUGUGAAUCACUAUGCCAAUGUGAACGAUACACUGCGGCAAUCGUGGAAGAAACAAAAACCAGUGCGCAACUACUCCAGCUAUACUGAUUCGGAGCCCGAAGGUAGUGCGGUUAUGAGCCUCAAUGGCGGCCAAAUUAUUGUAAAUAAUAUGGCCCGAUCAAGAGCUCCACUGCCCGGUUUCUCCUCAUUUGUUUGACAAUCAACGGAGUUUUAAGUUUUGCAUCAAAAAUAGUUUUAAUAUUAAUUAAAUAUAUAUAUUUUUUAAAAUCAAACACACAACAAAAACAACAAACAAAACGUUGUGCGACUAUUUAUAAUAACUUUUAUAUUUCGUGUAUGUAUGUUAUGUGCAUGGUAUUUAAGUUUACUAUAUAUAUAUGUCUUUUUUUUUAUAUAUUAAAUUAACUUAAAUUAAUAAUAAAUUCAAUUGCGAUAUUUUUUGUAA